CUGGAGCUAAUUUCAAAAGCCAGCACUAAACAGUAACGCUCCCCAACAGCUACUGCUGCCCCUGCCAGCUCUGCUUUAAACCCGUUUCACUGACAGUCGGUAGAGCCUCUGGUUUCAUCGACGAAAAUCAAGAAUUCGAGUUGGCGUCCUCAAACUCGAGCAGGUUACCACUCUUCUCCUUAAGAUUAUACACAUUCAAAAUGGCAGCUACUGCAGCUUCAAGCUUGCAGAUCAAUGCGGCAAGACCCUCUCUUGUCUCCGCUCAAAGAAUUUUGAGAGGAGGUGUGGCGAAUGCUGGCAUCAAUUCUUUUGGCGCAUCAUGGGCUAAAUUAUCCAGUGCUUGCCAUAUAUCAUUUGGACAACACUUUAAUCGCACUUUCACAUCGUCUCCUGCAAAAUUCAACAAAUUAGUGGUAAAGGCAAUGUCUGAACCUGGUGAAAACAAGCCUGCCUCUGGUUCUGGGUUGCCCAUCGAUUUGAAAGGUAAGAGAGCAUUUAUUGCUGGUGUGGCUGAUGACAAUGGAUAUGGUUGGGCUAUUGCGAAAUCUCUAGCUGCAGCAGGAGCUGAAAUUCUCCUUGGGACAUGGGUUCCUGCUUUAAACAUUUUCGAAACUAGUCUACGCCGUGGCAAGUUUGAUGAAUCACGCGUGCUGCCUGAUGGUUCUUUAAUGGAGAUCACUAAAGUUUAUGCGUUAGAUGCAGUUUUUGACAGUCCAGAAGAUGUUCCUGAAGAUAUAAAGGCGAACAAACGUUAUGCUGGAUCCAGUAAUUGGACUGUCAAGGAAGUAGCGGAAUGUGUAAAACAGGAUUUUGGCAGCAUUGACAUUCUUGUGCACUCACUUGCUAAUGGACCAGAGGUAACCAAACCUCUGCUGGAAACCUCAAGAAAGGGAUAUCUUGCAGCAAUAUCUGCAUCAAGCUAUUCUUACGUGUCCUUAUUGAAGCAUUUCCUUCCAAUUAUAAACCCAGGUGGUUCUUCAGUCUCUCUAACAUACAUUGCUUCUGAGAGGAUCAUCCCAGGAUACGGAGGUGGUAUGAGCUCUGCAAAAGCAGCGCUAGAGAGUGAUACAAGGGUGCUUGCAUUUGAAGCUGGAAGGAAACAUAAAGUCAGGGUGAACACUAUAUCUGCUGGCCCAUUAAGAAGCCGGGCUGCAAAAGCUAUUGGAUUCAUCGACAUGAUGAUCGAUUACUCCAUAGCAAACGCACCUCUUCAGAAAGAAUUAUCAGCAGACGAGGUAGGAAACACAGCAGCCUUCCUGGCAUCACCGUUGGCUUCUGCCAUUACCGGUGCAGUCAUAUACGUCGACAACGGUCUGAAUGCAAUGGGCGUUGGAGUGGACAGCCUCAUAUUUAAAGACCUUGACAUUCCUAAAGCCAGCUGAUGGUAAUUUCAUGUAGGCUUGUUAUAUGUGUGGAAUAUAGAGGAUAUGUAGGUCAUAACCAUGGAGCUGCAGAAUGGUUUGGCUGGCGGCCCCUUUUUUUCAUUAAAUCUGUCAAUUUUGUUAGCUGUACUUAGUUGUAAAGAAGUGGAAUACGUCCCCAUUCAUGAUUUGAUUCCACCUAUGGGAAUGACUCAUAACAAUGCUUGUUUGUGAAAUUUUUCAUGUUAUUUC